GGCGCUGCGAGGUUAUGCGCAUGCUGCUAGCAGACCAGGGCCAGAGCUGGACUGAGGAAGUAGUGACAAUGGAUGCCUGGGGGCAGGGGACACUCAAGGCUUCCUGUCUGUUUGGCCAGCUCCCCAAGUUCCAGGAUGGAGACCUCACCCUGUACCAAUCGAAUGCCGUCCUGCGGCACCUGGGCCGCUCCUUCGGGCUCUACGGCAAAGACCAGCAAGAGGCAGCUCUGGUGGACAUGGUCAAUGACGGACUGGAAGACCUCGUCAGGCACAUUGGCCAGGUUCUCCGUAACUAUGUAUGUAGGGAGGGCAAAGCCCAGUAUCUGAAGGAACUUCCGGGACACCUGAAACCAUUUGAAACUCUGCUGGCCCAGAACAAGGGAGGCCAGUCCUUCAUUGUGGGUGACCAGAUUUCCUUUGCUGACUACCGACUGCUAGACUUGCUGCUGAACCACAAGCUCCUGUUCCCUGACUGCUUGAAUGACUUCCCCUUGCUGUUGGCCUAUGUGGCACGCCUCAGAGCCCGACCCAAACUCAAAGCCUUCCUGGACUCCCCUGAGCAUGUGAACCGCCCCAUUUCUGCUCGCCUAAAGAUAUGA